GAUGCCGCCGCCGCCGCCGCCGCCGCCGCGGAGGGGGAGACACUCGGGGGGAGCCAGUGACGUCGGGAGUUUUCCUGAAAGUCAAUAACGAGCCCGGCGGAGGCGGCGGGAGGAGCCGAGAGCGGGGCCCGGGCGGCUCCGGGGUGAGUGCGCCGGGGGGAGCCGCCGCCGCCGCCCUCCUGACCCCGCGCAUCGAUGCUGCGGCCGCGCUGCCCGCCCGGGCGCCUCCCUGCGUAGCGGGGCGCGCAGCUCCAUGUAGCCGCCGCCACCGCCAGCGCCCUGGGGCCGGAGCCGCCUCCUCCCGCCCCCGCGGAGACACCGGCCGCCAGGGACCGCCGAGCCCGGCGGGGGGACAGGGGAGGAGGCAGCGGCGCCCUGCCUCCCCUUCUCCCCCCGGAGCCGCCGCCGCCCUCCGGCUCCGCAGCAGCGCCCGCGGCGCCGCCGCCGCCUCUGCAGGCUGACUCAUCAGUAGAAACCGGGAAGAACUGUAGAAGAGAAGCCAAGCAGACAAGCUGAUAACUCAAAGAAAUACUCUUUUGAGUUGGGGGUUCAGAGUGGAGCCAUCAUGAGCGAUGUUACCAUUGUGAAGGAAGGCUGGGUUCAGAAGAGGGACAAUACCCGCUCAGAUGUGACAGCAUUUGUGACAUCACCAGUACAGACUUUCACAAGGAUUUUGAAGUCAGUGUUGAGAAUAUAUAAAAAACUGGCGGCCAAGAUAUUUCCUGCUAAAGACAGAUGGCUCUUUCAUAGGCUAUAAGGAGAAGCCCCAGGAUGUGGAUCUGCCAUAUCCACUCAACAACUUUUCAGUGGCAAAAUGUCAACUAAUGAAAACAGAGCGACCAAAGCCAAACACAUUCAUUAUCAGAUGUCUUCAAUGGACCACUGUCAUAGAGAGGACGUUCCAUGUAGACACUCCAGAGGAACGGGAAGAAUGGACAGAAGCAAUCCAGGCUGUAGCAGACAGACUUCAGAGGCAAGAAGAGGAGAGGAUGAACUGUAGUCCAACUUCACAGAUAGACAAUAUAGGAGAAGAAGAGAUGGAUGCUUCAACAACCCAUCAUAAAAGAAAGACAAUGAAUGAUUUUGACUAUUUAAAACUACUGGGCAAAGGCACGUUUGGCAAAGUUAUCCUGGUCCGAGAGAAGGCUAGUGGGAAAUACUAUGCUAUGAAGAUUUUGAAAAAAGAAGUCAUUAUUGCAAAGGAUGAAGUGGCUCAUACGCUUACAGAAAGCAGAGUAUUGAAAAACACCAGACACCCUUUUUUAACAUCCUUGAAAUAUUCCUUCCAGACAAAGGAUCGUUUGUGUUUUGUGAUGGAGUAUGUUAACGGAGGAGAGCUGUUUUUCCAUUUGUCGAGAGAGCGGGUGUUCUCAGAGGACCGCACACGCUUCUAUGGUGCAGAAAUUGUCUCUGCCCUGGACUAUCUGCAUUCUGGGAAGAUUGUGUACCGUGAUCUCAAGUUAGAAAAUCUAAUGUUGGAUAAAGAUGGACACAUAAAAAUUACAGAUUUUGGACUUUGCAAAGAAGGGAUCACAGAUGCAGCAACUAUGAAAACAUUCUGCGGUACUCCAGAAUACCUGGCACCCGAGGUGUUGGAAGAUAACGACUAUGGUCGUGCAGUGGACUGGUGGGGAUUAGGAGUUGUCAUGUAUGAAAUGAUGUGUGGAAGAUUACCGUUCUACAACCAAGAUCAUGAGAAACUAUUUGAACUGAUACUAAUGGAGGACAUAAAAUUCCCUCGAACUCUCUCUGCAGAUGCAAAAUCAUUACUAUCAGGCCUACUGAUAAAGGAUCCAAAUAAGCGACUUGGUGGAGGCCCAGAUGAUGCAAAAGAAAUCAUGCGUCAUAGUUUCUUUGCUGGAGUAAACUGGCAAGAUGUAUAUGAUAAAAAGCUUGUACCUCCUUUUAAACCUCAAGUGACAUCUGAGACAGACACCAGGUAUUUUGAUGAAGAAUUUACAGCUCAGACUAUUACAAUAACGCCGCCUGAAAAAUAUGAUGAGGAUGGUAUGGACUGCAUGGACAAUGAGAGACGGCCGCAUUUCCCCCAGUUUUCCUACUCUGCAAGUGGACGAGAAUAACUUUUUUGUUCUGCUGCUUCACUGUCAUCUUAGGUUUAUCACUGAAAAUGAUUCCUGAACAUCACCACCAGUACUAGAUACUAUUUAAGAUAGCAGGGGCACUUUCAGAGACCAUUCCAAAUUGAACAAGUUUCUUUCCCAAACCUACCUAAAAUCCAUUUUGGUUUUGCAUGAAAUACGAGAUUUUAUCUACUACGCUCUCCUGCUGUUGCUGCUGCCCACAGUCUCAGUAUAAUAGCAACGUCAAGAAGUUACUAACAGUUUCUUUGAAGGUAGAUGACUUGACUUCAGCAUUGUACACUUUGUGCACAAGUAGUCAUCUAUUUUUCCUCACAGUGGAGGCUAAACAAAAAACGUGUUGGUCCAGCUUAUCUUCUUCCAGAAGAUGAAUCAAAAUUGUAAUUAGUCUAAAAAGACUAGUCUAUAACAUUUUCUUGCAUCUGUUUGUGCUGGUUAGAACAAGAAAACAUAGGGGUGGUGAUGUACAUAUGCAAGGUUUUUGUUAGGCAUAUCAUUACUUGAAGCAGGUCUCUGUCAUUAACAUCUGGCUGGAAUUUGUUUGGGAAACGUUUGAGAGAAGGACUUAAACUGUUGAUAUAUAUAAAUAUAUAUAUAUAUUAUUUUUUAAUUACUGUUGGAUACUACAGAAGAAGCAGAAGGGCUGGGCUCACCCAGCCUGCCACUUAGAACUUCCAGGUUCAUGUGCAAUCAUGGAGAAUCGAACAUUAUACAUGCAAGAAAUGAAGGCAUAAAAGCAGCAGUUGAAGUUGUUUAAGGGGUCUUAUAAUUUGCACCAGAUAACAUCUUUCUCAUGCUUUUCUUUUUCUUUCAUGAUAUACAUCACCUCUGAUGGCUGAAGAAUGUAGACAGGCAUAAUGGUAUUGCUUUUCACCAAAAUGUGUGCACCAAGGUAAACAGGUGUUUGCCUUACUUGUUUUUAUUUUGAGUUUGUGAAUUAGCUUUUUCUCCAGGUGUUUAACUCUGAAUAUUCUUUUUCUUUUUUUUUUUUUUUUUUUUUUUUUUUUGUUAUACUGCGGUAGUAUUUAUUUUUAGAGAUAAGGAUUGUAUGUGUCAUGUUUGCAAAUGCUGCUACAUCUUAGAUAGAACAGGCUUAUAGCAGUUAAUUUUGUAAUAUAUGGAAGGACUGUACAAGCUGAAGGGAAUAAUGCACUUUUCUCCCAUGUGGAAAUUUUAACAAGGCUCUGAAAUUGUACAUACUGCUUAGAAUCAGAUUUUUGUGAAUGAAAUACUGUCUUUUAAUUGUUUGGCAGUGGAGGUGAGGAAUUCCAACUUCAUGUGCCAAAGGGUUAAAAACAGACAGACAAAACCCCUACAUCUCGUGCUCCAUUGAGGAUAAAUGUAAUGUAAGAGCCUGACAGCACAAUAGAAAAUUUCUGUUCUAUAUGAAGGAAUUGCAUUUGAACAAUGAGACCAUAUUGAUUACAAGAAAAGCACUUUAUUUUAAUAAUGAAAAUAGUAAAUUUCUGGGAUCAGCCAUUCUCAAGGAAGGUUUGCCCUCAACCAAAAGAGUCCCGAAACCCAGCAUGUUGCCGUGGUACCCGAUUGACUGAAUUUAAAACAUCACGAGAAACGCUCCACUGAUAGGAGGAUGUCUUUCCAUUUCCAAAGGUCUGUAUCUAACAGAACAUGUGCAUAAACUUUAGCUUUGAUCUUCAGCAAUGAUAAUCUUAAUAAUAAACCCUUUGGUGCUAGGAGUCGGGACACGACACUGUGCAGUGAUAGCAUGCACGUGCCCUUGCUAACGACAUCUGAAAACCCUGACUCCACAGGAUUAUCAUUUGAAGUAUCUCUGUGUUCGGAUCUUGUUAGCUCCCACGAAGACUGUGAUAUCGCAGAGUAUUACUGGUUGCGUUGUGUGAAUGAGUAGAUGAGUCUGAAAGGAGAGAUGUUCCUAAGCAGAUGCCUUAGCCUCUUGAUGUGGAAAGUUGAGUGCCCUAGCAUGAAGCCCACUGCUGGCAGUGCAUGUGCUGGGACGGUCAAGGGGUAGAUGGGCAUUUUUAGCAAGGCAGCUAAAGACGCAGACUAAUUUAGACAAUUUUUCAUGUUUUGUGUUUUAUCUUCAGUAGUGGAUGGAUAAUCAGUCAGAAAUGUAUCAUGAUGUAUAUUCUAACUACAUAGGAUCUCAUUCUGUCACCUUCUAACACUAAACACGUGUAGAGAUUAUCCCUCUGCAGAGAGAGGAGCACAGCAAAUGCGUUGCAGGUCUGUUCUGCACCGGUAGCGUGGAGGUGUCUACACUGACACAGUGAGUGAGUGACUGAAAUAACCAACGGGCAUUAAUUAGUUCUCUGCAAAGGCCUCGUACUUACAGACUAAAACUAUGGUGAUUCAAAAUCUGUGUUAUAUGCCUGUGUUUUUUCCCCCCUGUGUUUUCAGCUUGUAAUAGCAAUAAGUUUCUUGACACAGGGCACCUCUAGCUAAUGACCAACUGGCACCGUGCGUCUGGCCAGCCGUUCCUCGUGUGCAGAAGAAACCCUGUGGUUAGCUCACCAUUGCGUAGCUAGUUAGAAUGUGGUUUGCAGUAAAUAUCUGUCAGUGAAUUAUUUGAAAACCUUUUAAGACUUCACUUUGCAUUGUAUUGUCUGCCUUCCAAAACAUUCAUUGAUCACGUUUAUGCUAGAGAGAGAGUCAGCGGCCACUUUGUGCCGCCCGGGGUUGGGGGAUUCUCUCUCCUGCCAGUGUUAGAAACGGAUGAAAAACAAAUGGGCGAGUGGUGCUGAGAGAAACUUUUGAAGCUCUUCUUUUGCUGUUCGCAGUUGUGGUUGGAUUUGGACAGGAGGUGGUGGCUGGUUACCUUGGCGAGCCUUUCGAGCACAGUACAUUUCAGACUUUGACUCCAGCUUGUACUGACUUCCAUGAUGUACAGUAUGCCCUCUUGUACUGCAGCCAUCUCGGAGGAAAUAGGUCAUUUCUGUUUGGAUUUUGGCAGUUUUGCACACAGCUUCGCUUUCCACACUAAUCCAUCUCCCAGUACAUUCCUGUUGCUUAAAGAACAUUUAUUCCAGUAUUGUUUUAUGUUUUUUUCCAUCUUUACUUGCGGCUUCUUAAAGCUGACUGUUCUUGCAGGGGCCAUGUGCUUCUCCUAGAGUACAAAAGUAAGGUCUUUCCUUACUAACUGCAGGGUCUAUAUAUUACACCUCAAUGUACACACUUUGCUGCUACUGUUUGUACUGUCUACAGUAGAAUUUCCUUAUCUUGCUCCUGGUAGUGCAUUACAGGCAAGCAUGAAAUGUAAAGUAUUUAUUUAAAUAAAAACCUCUAAAUUGGUAAUUGAAUUACCUCCCUGUAGCUUUAGAGUUUGUGACAUUUCUUGACCUUGCUAGUUCUUUCAUUAGAUCCAUGCAAGAUCUAGUCAUAUGGUUAAGGAUAUUAAGCAGACACAACUAUGAACCCAAGAAACCGUAUUACUGUUGGUCAUACUUAAACUGUUUAUUUCCUUAAGUAUAUGACCCACAAGGAUGUGAAAUAACUACAAGAAACUGUUUUUGUACACUGUACAUCCUUAGUAUUUUUACACGUAUAUGAUAGGGAUGCACAUUAUUUUCCUUCGUACAGACAGCUUAAAUAAAGCACUAUGUCAAUCUGCUA